UCUGAAGCUUUGAUUAUAUAACAGCUGUCAAUAAAAGCUGUGAAGUAAAGGAAUUUAAGAAUAAUUUAAAAUAGAUUAAAUUCAAUUUAUUUUGUGCUUCUCCCAUUUACUUAUUUGUAAAAUGGUUUAUGAUUACUUCGAUAAGUAUACAUUUCUAUGCGAAAUGUAUGAUGAAGAAGGUGACGAGAUCGUGGAAUUAGUUCUUAAUUUUUUCCCUUUCGAUGGCUCUGUACAAAUAAUCAACACGAAAAAGGGUAAAACUCUUUUGAGACGCGUACAAUUGCCUCCAUUAAAAUUAGAAAUGCUGCAAAUAGGUAAUGUUGUGAACAUAUUUUCAAAAUUACUGCACAUCACCGACUGUGCACCUUUGACUCGAAGAACUCUGUUUAAAAAUGUGGAAAGUACUUUUGCUCUGAUUAAACCCAUCCCACCUAGCGAACAUGGCAAAAUUUUAACGUUCAUCAUGAAAAACGGAUUUCGAAUUGUGCGGAUGAAAAAUGGCAAGAUUAGCAAGGACUUUGCAAUUAUACUUUACCAUAACAUUUCGGGAAGCAAUAUGAUGCCAAUAAUCAUAGACUACAUCACGAGCGGAGAGGUUAUUGGCCUAGAACUAGUUGCUCCUGACGCUGUAAAAAAAUGGCGCCAAUGUUUAGGGGCAACCGAGCCAUCAGAAGCUGCUCCAGGAACUUUACGUAAUUUGUAUGGAGAAAAUACACUAAAAAACAUUGCUCAUGGUUGUAAUACUUCAGAGGAAGCAACCCAAAUGUUAGAGUUGUUUUUUGGUUAUGAGAAAGGCAUACCACGAAUACCAUUUAGAGCUACUUUGAAAAACUGCACAUGCUGCAUUAUAAAACCUCAUGCUGUUAUUGAUGGUAAUAUUGGCUCCAUUCUGGAAGUUAUUGCUACAUCUAAAAAAUUCUAUGUAUCAGCCAUAGCUCUGUUUUCUGUUAAACUGAUGAAUGCAGAGGAAUUUUAUGAAAUAUAUAAAGGUGUUCUGCCAGAAUAUGAAGCAAUGUGCAUACAUUUAGCUGAAGGGAAAUGUGUUGCACUAGAAGUAAAGUCUGAUGAUGCAAGUAUAAACAUUGUGUCUGAAUUCAGAAAAGUUUGUGGACCUAGAGACCCUGAUUUAGCUCGACAACUGUAUCCCGAAUCUAUAAGAGCUUUAUACGGAAAAAGCAUUUUGUAUAAUGCAGUCCAUUGCACAGACCUCCCAGAAGAUGGUGAACUUGAAGUGGAAUAUUUUUUUAAAUUACUUGCCAAUGAUUAAUAUUGUUUUAGACAUACUUCUACUACUUUUUAUAUGUAUUCUUUAUUACAAAGUCAUUUCCUUCAAUUUCAAUUUUUUCAUACAUCCAUUUCCGGUUAACUCUGAAAUUAAAAAAAUGGUCUUGAUCAUUAAUUCAUUUCCUUAAUUUAUAAAAUUAUAGAAAACGAAAGGUAUUAUUACCUGCAAUCAAAUCCACAUCUGUUUGAACUGCAUUUAGGACAAGGAAAAUGGCAACCUGGGCAUUUUUCAUCUAAACAGUCACAAAGAUCUUGUCCUGUUGCACACAGCUGUCCACGCUCAUUAUACAAUUUUUUAGACUUACGA